GCCCGGCGCCUGCUGACCCGGCGGGGCUGGCUCGGUACUGACCUGGCGGAGCCCGUAUUCCGGAGGGGAGGGCCGGCUGCGUGACUCCGGGGCGACCACCGAGCGGGCACCGCGCCCCAGCCCCUGCCGCAGCCUCGCGCCAACCUUGCUGUCUUCGGGUGCUCCCCGCACGAUAUAUUUGGAUUCUCUGCCUGUACUGUACUAACAUGGAAACCAGACUAACCGCACUAUUAACGUUUGCAAAUAAGCUGAAUACUAAGAGGUCGCAGAUUUAAAUGGUGGAUGAGUAGAGGCAUGGAAAUCUGAUGAAAUAUGAGUGUCACAAUUCAGUGGGAAAGUGCUCGGCUUUCUGCAUCGCUGUACACAAUAUAGUUGUUUUUUCACCCAAGGGUUCAGAAUGUUUCCUUUGGAAACUUGAAACCUAAAGCUGACUUGUAGCCCAUGUUUCCUGACCCUCUUGAUAAAGUUUUUCCUUCCUUUGGUUUAUGGGUUACAGCAUUUAAUCCCUUCCCCCAGUCCCAAGGAUCUGUUCAUGAAUUGGUAUGAAUGCUCCUUCGGAGCUGAUUCUAAACAUUGUAGCUAUUUUGAAAACCUAAUUUUAAUAUUCAGAGAUGAAAACUAAAACAUGAACGUGAAAUUUUCCUUUAAAAUUUAUCUCAUGCCUUAGUUGUCUUAGAAGUCAACAUUUCAUUGUUUCACUAGGCGAUUCUCUAAUAACCUUUGGUUGUGUGUCAUUAGUUUUAGGUUAAUUUAAACAAACAUAAUGUCUAUCAUUUCCAUCAUAAGUGAUUUACAAACUGGAAAAGUAAUGAUAUUUUGCACCUGAAAUGGAAAAUUUUGCACCAUAAAGUGAGUUGAAAGUUAUGCUCAAUAAAUUUUAAUUGUUUUAUACAUACUCAGUAUAAGAAUAUACUAUAAGCAAAAGUGUAAAAACAAUAUGAAUUUAUACAACCUUUUAAAUUAUACUGUAGGCAAGCACAGAUUCUUAUUUACAACUUUUGUACUUCUCUUUUUCAAUGUCAUUUUUCAGAUUAUUGGCACCCAAGUACACACAGAUUUACUUCUUGUUUGUACCUCACUGAUUUUCAUUCAGUGUUACUUUUCAAAUUAUUGACAUAGAAGCACAUUCUAUCAUAAGUUCAAAUACUUAGACCUAUAUGUUUCUAAUGGUGAGAUUUUUUUUUAAGCAAAUGCCAGCUCUAUUGAUUCUAGUUCUUCUCAGUUAAAUUUCAUAGUUUUGGUGUCUUAUUUCACUCUGAACAUCUUUGCUCCAUCAGCAUUCUCCUUCAUGUCCUUGCUUGAUGCUGUCUAAUUCCGCAUGGGGCUGGCUAGAUGUCUCUAGGAUUUAGGAAACAGGAAGCCAGGGGUAACAUUUCUAACUUCUUAAUCAGAUAACACUCUGGGUCAAUGACAGCAGUUUGUCUGAAAAAUAAUAGUGGCGUUACUGUUUUGAACUACUACAAAGAGGUAAUUUGGAACGGUACAGUACCUAAAGAAAGGACAUUUUAAAGAUGUCAUUUCACCAUUUUCUUGUUUAAAUGGCUCCUGAGGACAUAAGCACCGAAAUAAAAGCCAAGAAAUGCCUCAUUCCACAAACAAAGAACUGAUCCUUGGCAUCAUGGUGGGAACUGCUGGAAUCAGCUUGCUGGCCUUAUGGUACCACAAGGUCCGAAAGCUAACGACAACAAUGAGUUUUCCUAAAUUUCUCUCUCUGGGUAAGAAACUCGAUUCACUAACUUUGCAAGAUGAAAGCCACAGUGAACAAGGAACAUCGGCAGUCUUUCAAAGAAGACAAGUUCAGAUACUGGAAAAGUUGAAUGAGUUACUGACCAACAUGGAAGAACUUAAGGAGGAAAUCAGAUUUCUUAAAGAAACCAUUCCAAAGCUGGAGGAAUACAUACAAGAUGAACUUGGAGGGAAAGUAACAGUUCAUAAGGUCAGCCCUCAGCACAGAGCUAGGAAAAAAAGGGUGACAACGGUUCAAAGUUCAGCAACAAGCAAUAGUUCAGAGGAAGCAGAGAGUGAAGGAGGGUACAUUACAGCUAACACUGACACAGAAGAACAGAGUUUCCCGGUCCCUAAGGCUUUUAACACACACAUAGAGGAGCUAAAGUUGGAUGCACUCCUUCAGAAGGUAGACCGUUUACGGAUAAACGAGUCUGACAAAGUGGAGAGUUUUGAGCUACUUUGUGACCACAAAGAAAAGUUUAGUGAAGAGAUAGAGUUUCUGUGGCGGCUUGCCCGUGCCUAUGGAGACAUGUAUGACCUCUCUACAAACAAACAAGAAAAGAAACAUUAUGCUAAUGUUGGAAAAACUUUAGGAGAAAGAGCUAUCACCAGAGCUCCCAUGAAUGGACACUGCCAUCUAUGGUAUGCAGUUUUGUGUGGUUAUGUAUCUGAAUUUGAGGGCUUGCAAAACAAAGUUAGCUGUGGACAACUGUUCAAGGAGCAUCUAGAUACGGCCAUCCAGCUCUUGCCUGAAGAACCCUUUUUGUAUUACCUCAAGGGAAGAUAUUGUUAUACCGUCGCAAAACUCAGCUGGAUUGAGAAAAAAAUGGCUGCUACUCUGUUUGGGGAAAUACCCUCGUCAACAGUUCAUGAAGCUUUGCAGAACUUCCUCAAGACUGAAGAAUUGCAGCCUGGUUAUUCUAUAUCUAACUACAUGUAUGCGGCCAAGUGCUGCGUUGAGCUUGGGGAACCCCAGGAUGCUUGGAGAUUCUGUAACUUGGCAUUAUUACUGCCUGUCGUUACCAAAGAGGACAAGGAUGCACAUAAAGAGGUGAAAAAAAUAAUCUCUUCUUUGAAGAGGUCUAGCCAUGUGUUCUGCAGCAGCUGUACUGUGAGACAAAUCAUGUUGUUUGGAAAGAGUAUUUACUCUGAUGUUCGCAUAUAAUGACCUCUGAACAUGUAUGCUUCAUUUUUUCAUGUCAAUAAACUAUGGCCUUUAGAAUGUUUGUGUAGCUAAUACUUAAAUCGAUCUAAUAAAAUGUACCCUAGUGAAUGGUUUCGUUGUUUCAACAGACCUAAUAAAUUAAAAUAAUUUCAUUGGUAAGGAUGAAAAUGUCAAGAAUGGGCACAGCUGCUGGAAAGGACAAAGAAGAAAUAUAGCUAGUAAUCAGAAUUGUAAAGAGAAUUACAAUAAAAUACUGUUUUACUAUCGAA